AUGAGUGUUUUAAACUCCGUUGUGAUUUUGUCAUUGUUUAGCGUUUUUCUCUUUGUGAAUUCAAAUGCGUCAGUUUGGCCUUUACCGACCGCCAUCUAUCUCUCCGGACCGCCUCUUCCGAUUUCGCCAGUUUUUACCUUCAAAACCUCAUCAACAUCGGGCGUCCUCAAACGUGGAAUCACUCGCUACUUGGAAAUAAUUCGGCAGCAAAUUGUUGGGGAAAACGUGGAUCACCAUCUCAGAGCUAACCAAACCUUGAGUGAACUUGUUCUGAGUGUUCGCAGUGACAACGAAAGUUUGCAAGUUGAUACUUCCUACUGGUACAUUUUAAAAGUAAGCAAUGGAAAGGCUAGUAUUGAAGCGAAAACCCCUUAUGGUGCACUGUAAGUGACCUAAAAUAUACUUAACUAAUAUAGUCAUACCAACUCUCCUCGCCUCACCUUUCCCCACCCCACCCCGAAACAUUUUCGACAUUCUGUUCUCCUCAGGUAUCAGAUUCAAACCGACAGAGGCUGGGUACGAAUCCCUUUAUUAUGGGUUAAACAACAACACGAGACCCACAUAGUCAGAAAGAGCACAUUGAGGUUAGCAACAUUCUCAAGCUUAAUGUUUAUUGGGCCUAUGUCGAACGAGAUACAGCCAUUCAAAAACUCCAAAAUUUACUAAGAAAUAUAUAGACGUCCAGAGGGUGUGUCCCGCAAUCCAUACAUUUCUUAUUAAUUUUCAAGUUUAUAAACAGCUGUAUCUUGUCCAAUAUUGGCCCAAUCGACACCAGACUUCAGAUUGUUCCUAAUCUAAAUGGGCUGUCACUUACUACAUGUGAGUCUCGUGUUGUUUAUCCGUAUAAUAAACCGACUCAAACCCAGCCCUCUUUAGUUUGAAACUAGGCAAUAGACUCUGAUAACUCCUUUGUAAAGAGAAAUUGAGAUUUGAAGGAAGAUAGUGAUUCCAAGUUCAUUUUACGACAACCUGGCAGUAGAUAUACUGUAGCCAGGAUCCAUGGUGAGUUGAACCUGCACUGGCCUGAUCAGGCAUUUCAUUUUUGUGAGAAGACAGGGAAAAAGAGAAUGCCUGAUACCUAUAUAUGACAGCUAUAUAUCCCACAUAGCAUUAUCCACCUCCGCCCACCAAAACCCCCAACCCCACUCCCCCCCUCCACCCCGGCCCCUUCCUCGCUUCUGGGUUAAAACCCUGUUCUUGAGGUCAAGUUAAAAUCUGCAGUAUGAUAGGCAGGAUCCUGAAGUGGAUACCAGCUAAUCUAAGGGCACUUCAAUUAAGCAGAUAUUAAAGGUACCCAAUUAAUUUUGACUCCUCUUGCAGGUAUGGAAUGGAAACUUUUUCUCAAUUGAUUGUAGACGGAAAUUUGAUAAACAGUACAGUCAAUAUUGAUGACCAACCGCAAUAUGUACACAGGGGCCUUAUGUUAGACACUGGGUGAGCAUCAUGCAUUCAUCUCUCAAUAAUUAAUAAUUCAGUGGUGGUUGAAAGGUUUUGUUGCUAUUGACUGUAUAUUUUUUUUACAGGCGUAGGUAUUUUCCCUUUGAGCUUGUGAAGAACAUUUUGGAUGGCAUGAGCUUUGUGAAGUUAAAUGUGCUUCACUUGCAUAUAUUGGACUGGUGUAGAUUCAGUGUACAGAGCAAACUGUGAGUAUUCAAAGUACAGUUGAAAUUUUCAUAAGCAACCAACCAAAAUGGCAAGAACUCCCUGAUUUUUAAUAAAAAAAACUACCCUAUUCCAGACUAAACUGUUUGAAAACCAUUCCCUUCACAACGGCACAUAUCGAAUAGUUUAUAUCCCACGUAUUCCAGCACCCCCUGGUACCACCCGGUCGAGUAGACAUUUAUGGGGAGGGAUGAAAUUCGAGCUCCCCUAUAUAAAAUAAGCUUGCAAGAAAGGCUGCCUGAAACUGUGCCUUGAGUUAAUAAUUUGUUCUUUGGAUUGUGGGAAUGGUUUACAAUAAUUUUUAUUGAAAUACAAAAUUGAUGUGUUUCAUCUUUUCGCUUUUUCUUUUCAGUUACCCAGAACUACAAGAAAGGACAACUCAGUUUUAUACCCAGGAGCAAAUCAAAGAUUUAGUAUCUUAUGCUGGUGACAGAGGAAUAAGAGUUAUUCCAGAGGUUGAAUCAGCGAAAGUUUGCAAUUAA